ACUUCGCUUCCGACAGCAUUACCGACCACACUGAGGCCAGCGUGUUUCGAGUAGCUCAGUAGUUUCUGCUAAUUCACGCAGCCAAGGCGAGUGAUAAGAUUGCUUUCGCUAAAGAUAGACAAUGGUACUCAAAUCUACUUUAAUAUUGUUUUCAUUUUGUCUUGUCCAUAGUUUGGUGACAAGUUACCAGGUCGAUCAACUACCAGGUCCAAUUGCAAUACUUGGAGAGGGUCCGCAUUGGGAUAUAGAGAAACAGAGUUUAUACUACGUGGAUAUACUGAAUGGAAGCGUGCACCGAUACUCUUAUGAGGACAAUAAAGUUUACAGUGCCGAUGUUGAGAAUGAAGAAUCUGUGUCAUUCAUCAUUCCUGUUGAGGGAGAAAAGGAUAAAUUUGCCGUGGGAAUAGGACAUCGUGUGGGAGUUUUGUCUUGGGAUGGUUUCGCUACAAGUGCCAAAAUUGAGAGAAGCGUUUUUGAGGUGGAAUCCGAGGAUAAAUUGAAAGGCAACCGUUUCAACGAUGGAAAGGCUGACCCGGUCGGCCGUCUCGUAGCAGGAACCAUGCAAAAAGAAAAUCACGAUGCACCACCAGAAGAACGCAUUGGCAAUCUUUACUCUUACUCUAAGGAAAGUAACGUAACACGUCUCCGUAGCAACAUAGCUAUUUCAAAUGGUUUAGCGUGGAAUGAAAAAAAUAGGAAAAUGUAUUAUAUCGACUCGUCGGAUUUUCGUGUUCGAGAAUUUAACUACGACUUGGAAAAAGGAGCUAUUGACGAAGUUCGGGUAUUAGCGGAUUUCCACGUUGAUGGAAACAAACAAGAUUUCGCACCUGACGGCAUGACAAUUGACAAGGACGGAUUUCUGUACGUAGCAACCUGGGGAGGAUCAAAAGUACUUAAAAUCGAUCCAUCAAACGGAAAAACUGUCAAAACAUUCGAAUUUCCUUGCGAACAGAUUACUUCAUGUGCGUUUGGUGGACCGGAACUCGACAUUUUGUACGUGACUAGCGCAUCUUUUGGCGAUAAACCUCAUCCAGCUGGCGCUCUUUUCAAAGUAACUGAUGUUGGAGCUAAGGGAUUGCCCAUGCAAAAAGUGAAAUUGUAACCUGUAGCCAGUAAAAACAUUCCAAUUGCAACAAUGCAAUAAAUACAUUGGAUGGAUUGCAGUUCUGAUGAAAUGUCCACACUACUUGAUCUUUUCCCAAAUACUUUCUAAUUAAAUCAAUCACGCAAAACGCAUUGCGUUCAAUUACGACAAUUGAUUUCGCUUCGUUACUAACUGAAAUAAAUUAACCUGGUUCUGAAAGUUUUA